CUCCGCAGUGCUCUCGCCAUGUUCGCGCCGAAUGAGCGGACCGUCGUUCUUUUGCUGCGAUAGUGAGGAUCCCCAAGUUCAGGAGAAGAGUCCCCGUCUUCGUCCACGCGAGCAAUCAAGAGCGAUCAAGAGGAAGCGCAGAGCGAGGACCGAUAAAUAUAGGGUGGGGACCGCGGUCGCCCGCCAUGGCGGGUCCGUACCUGUCGCCCCUCGGGCCCCAAGCGGAUUUAUUAACCGAAUAUAUGUUCGGCCGUCGUCGUCAGGUCAGUAGACGCAAUCGGACAACGUUUACGCCGCAACAGCUUCAGGAAUUGGAAUCUCUUUUCCAAAAAACGCAUUAUCCCGACGUUUUUCUUAGGGAGGAAGUCGCACUUCGGAUAUCGCUCUCGGAAGCACGUGUUCAGGUAUGGUUUCAAAACAGACGGGCAAAGUGGAGGAAGCAAGCUCGGUUACAAUUGCUGCAGGACGCGUGGAGAAUGCGAUGCUUGGGUUUAGGGAGCGCCACGCCGUUGCUGCUCGGCCGACCGCCUCCCGUGAGUUCCAGCAGCCUCACCGAGAGGACCAACACCGACGCGUCCUCGUCUACUUCGCCGUCCUCAUCGGCCCUCGCAAAUUCGCCGACCGCGAGCGAUAAGUUGCCCGAGUCCGGCAGUCCAGGGUCGGUCUGCAGAGACUUUAGAAUUCUGCCUCCGCCGCCACCGGGAUACUCGGUACCUUGCGACAAAUCGCCCGACAGGCUCAAGUGUCGAUGUGGAACGCCACCGAGAAUCUGCGCAAGUCCGGUGGAUCGUGUUGACAUUCUGGCGACGAGGGAGCGACCGCAGGAGGCCGAAAUGGAUCUUACUCUCAAGAGCCAUCAUCAUGCGUCUGGCAGGCAGGUCACUACCCUGUUCCAUCAUCAUGUAGCGAGCAGUCCUCAGCAAAACAUGGACGAGCCUUUAGACGUCACUCUAAACAGCGCCAAGAACAACUGAGAGCGGGGAGAUGAAUGUCGAAGACUUUUAAUCCUUUAAAAUCCUUUGAUCCUCCUCCGCCAAGUGUGUAUGGCGUGUCAGAUUUGGCGCUCAUCGAAAGCGCUGAAUUUCAUCAGUUUCCAAGACGUUAAGAUUUCUUCUUUUUCAUUCUUCAUCUUUUUGCCCGAAUCUUUCAUGUUCUUCGAAAAUGAAUUGUUGCACAGUGUAAUCGUAUUUUAAUUUUAUACAUAAUAAUAUAAUAACAUAAAGUAUAAUAAAUUCACGUAAUUAAGAAUUAAUUAAUAAAUCCGGGUCACGCUCGCUAUAUCAAUACUUGGAGCUAAAGAAAAAAAAAUAUCGAAUAUUUUAAUCGGAAAGAAAAUCGAUCAUAUCGCAACGUAUUAUGAUACUCUUUAUCGUUGUAUAUAUAUAUUUUAACGUUAGACUUAUUUGUAUAUUAUAUUGCGCGAGUGUAAUUUAUAGCGACGUGCCGAAAAUAUAUAUUUAAAAGACAGAUAUGUCGUAUCUUCGCGCACGGUUGUAACAUUGGGAUAUGCAGUGAUUAUAGAUCGCAAUGUGAUCGAGAAUGAAGUAUUUUUAAAGCAAUAUUUUAUAACAAUAAUUAGACGCUAAAUAUAUCUUUCAAGAUAUUAAAUCUGACAGUACUCAUAAUCGAAGAUUUUCAUGUAAAAAUAAAAAAAACAUUAACAUUUUCAUUAUUAAAUCAAAAUAAUAUACAUAUAGAUCUAUUGUUUGGCAGUUAUCACAUCAUGAUACAUUUUCUUACAAAUUUUCGAACAUCUUGUUAAUAGAUUUAUUAAUUAUCUGUAUAUAACUCUCUCAUAUCUUUAUUAUUAAACAAUAAAAGUUUCAUCCUUUCGAGAAAAAAAAACAAUUUUAAAAGGAUCGUAAAUAGAAAAAAAAAAGGUUGAUUUUAUUCGAGUACUUUAUCUUUGUAGAAAAAAAUUGCUACUUAUUAGUAUGUAUUACUGUGUAGAAAAAAAUUAGUAAUUUGUACAAAAUUAAACAUGUAUUUCUUAUACGAAAGGAACUGAAAGAAUUAAGCGAUAAAAGUGCAAAUGACCAUUAUGCAGAUACAGUUUACUAAUCGAGAUUGAAACUGUACUCAGAUAUAUAAAUUGUAAUAUUCGCAAAAAUUAAAAUUGACUUUAGAGAACAUAGUCAUCUAUUCUGUGCGUGCACAAUUUUUAUCUGUAAAAAUUUUCAAAAAUAAGACACAAAAUACUAAAACGCGUUUCUGUAUAGUAAUUUCGAUUAAUGCACUCUGACGUCGAUUAAUCGACGGAUAGUUUUCUAUUAAUUGUAUCA